AUGGUUCUAGGAAGGAACAACACGAUUGUGACAAAAUUCAUCCUCCUGGGAUUUUCAGACCAUCCUCAAAUGAAGCUUUUCCUUUUUCUGUUAUUUUUGGGGAUUUAUCUCCUGACCCUAGCCUGGAACCUGAGCCUCAUUGCCCUCAUCAGGACAGACUCCCACCUGCACACGCCCAUGUACUUCUUCCUCAGUAACCUAUCCUUCCUAGAUAUCUGCUAUGUGUCUUCCACAACUCCCAAGAUGCUCUCUGACAUUAUCACAGGGAAGAAAACCAUUUCCUUUGUUGGCUGUGCCACCCAGUACUUUAUGUUUUGUGGGAUGGGGCUGACUGAAUGCUUUCUUUUGGCAGCCAUGGCAUAUGACCGCUAUGCUGCAAUCUGCAACCCGUUGCUCUACUCAGCCCUAAUUUCCCAUACACUUUGUUUAAAGAUGGUGGCUGGGGCCUACGUGGGUGGAUUCCUCAGUUCUCUGAUUGAAACAUACUCUGUUUACCAGCAUGAUUUCUGUGGGCCCAACACGAUUGACCACUUCUUCUGUGACCUUCCUCCAGUUCUGGUUCUGUCAUGCUCUGAUACCUCUACCAGUCAGGUGGUGAACUUCGUUGUGGGUAUUGUUGUUGGAAUGGUGUCUGUCCUUGUGAUCCUCAUCUCUUAUGGUUACAUUGUUGCUGCUGUCCUGAAGAUCAACUCAGCUAAAGGUAGGACUAAAGCCUUCAGCACCUGUGCCUCUCACCUGACUGCUGUGACCCUUUUCUAUGGUUCUGGUCUCUUCAUGUACAUGCGACCCAGUUCUAGCUACUCCCUAAACCGGGACAAGUUGGUGUCCAUAUUCUAUGCUCUGCUAAUCCCUAUGGUGAAUCCUAUCAUCUACAGUUUUAGGAAUAAGGAGAUUAAAAAUGCCAUAAGAAAGUUGUGCAGAAGGAACAUGUGCUUUCUCAUGCGCCUUUGUUUUUCCAACUGUAAGCUAAUGAUUAUAAAGAGGCUGUGA